AAAAAGCAAGUUAUCAUUAAAGAAGGUUUUGAAUUUAAUGAGAUUUUACUUAGUUUCAAAAAUUGUGAAACUAACAAUGCUUUUUUUUGUGCUAGAAGCUUUAAGUUUAAUAAUAUUGUUUCUGGUUCAAGUUUUGAAGGUUUAAGGUUGCAAUGCUUUACUGUUAGUAGUUUCUGGUAUCUUAAUUCUGGACCUGGGUUGUCUAGCUAUGUCUUUAAGAAAUUUCUUAGUUCUGCCACUGAUGGUUUUUGGUUUCCUAAUUCUGGUUCCAAGUUUCAUAAUUAUGUUUCUAAAAAAUUUCUUGGUUCUGCUACUGGUGGCUUUGGGUUUUCUUGUUUUGGUCCUAAAUUUUUUAGUUAUGUUUUUACAAGAUUUUUUGGUUUUGCCACUGAUAGUUUUUGGUUUUCUAGUUCUGGUCUCAGGUUGCCUAGUUUCACAGAUUCUAAGCUUAAGGACUUUUCAGAUAAUUUUGUAUAUUUAGAAUUGCCUAGUUCAGAUUUUAGGCUUAAUGAUACUUUGGUUGAUUUUGUACAUUUGGAAUUGCCUAAAUUAUCUAAUAUGAAUUCUGAAUUUAUUUUUACUUCAUAUAGUUCUGAAAGUUUUAAGUCAGAUAAACUUUCAUUUAGAACAAUUAAUAAUCAAGACAAUCAUAUAAUUAAUCAUAGCUCAACAAAGAAUAAUAUUAAUAAAAAGCAUCAAUUUGGUACUACUAUGUCAAUAGCUAAGACUAGUGUUCAAAUUGCACUAGCUGAAGAAGAAGCUUAUUCUAUACAAAAUAAAAACUCUAAUAUUGAUAAUAUAUUAAAUAAUCAAUUACCUUUAGUUAAACUAAAUUUUAAUUCUAAUUACAACCUUAUUAAAGUUUCUAAUCCUAAAUCUCACAAGCCAAAAGGCUAUUUUUUCAAAGUAAUUAAGGUUAUUUAUUAA